GCUGGUUCCACAGGCUGGUUGCGUCGUGGCGCUCACUCGCUCGUCAUGCGGCGGAGCGGUGCCGCUGGGAUCAUGGGUCCCUCGUCGACAAGUUUGAGUCUCGCUACACAUACUCUCCUUGCGACACCGACUCCGCCCGAGCUCACGUUCUCAAGGUCAACGAGCCCGAAGUCAAAGAAACUAGCAUUGCAUCACCACAACCUGCAAUAUGCACCGUCGCCUGCGCUGUUCACUCACUCGGCAGCAUCUCAAGGCGAUAUAAUUCGCCAGGGCAAUCCCGUCGAGACUCACGGUCUCUUGAACGUGUCGGUGAACGAACAUGACGACGACAACGAGGACGAGCGCGCCGCCGCCGCCAUACACCAUCAUUUCUUCCGCCUCCUCAAGUCGCGUACGCGAAGUGUUGCCGAGAACGAAGACCUCCAGGAUUGGCUCCUUCAAACGUACAAUGCGGCAUACAUGACCCUUUUGAGCCUUAGCCACGGGAACGCACGGUGCUUCCGCGACCUCAUCUUCUCCAUGUCGGUGCUGUCGCGCACCGCCACCGACUACGUCGUGCGGCAGGACGAGACGCCCACGGGCUCUGUGUUCAUCGUGAUGUCGGGACAGUGCACUGAGAUCAUCCGCCGCCACCGCUUCAACAUUGCAAAUGCAGCCUCGUUCUCCGCGCAAACGGCAUUGCCACGUCAACCAGCCUCCGACGUUGCCGCCACGGACGCGACAUCAUCCAACGGGGACGACCUUACGUGGCGCACGCUUCGCUCUGGCGACGUGUUUGGGCUCGAAUCCAUUUACUUUCAGUUCCCGCACCAUUACAUUUCCCUUCGCGCGGACGGGUGUGUCGAGCGGAAUCGCAUCGGCGUCUCGACGUUACACCCGACGCACCUUCUCGUCCUUCCAGCCUACCCCCGCGACAAAGUCGCCCUCUGCUCUUCCAUCUCUACGACAAGCGCGCGAUCUUCGACGGGUGCCAUGUCCCCCACGAGUGGCAUGUUGUCGGUGGCAUCCACUGCCAGCCGCGUUGGUUCCACCUUCCUCGAACAAGUCUUCCUCCUUCGGUCGCUGCCCCAUGCAUCGAUCGAAUUCCUUGCGUCCCACCUCACGAUCCUCCACGUGACCAAGAACGAAUACCUCUACACCGCGGGCCAACCGCCGUCCAUUUACUUUGUUUUGUCGGGGGAGCUCUGCGUGUACACGGUCGAGGACGUUGUGAUUACCACUGACGGCGAGAGCGAGGUAGUCACGCGGCGGGUGGAGCUCCAAAUCCUCAAAGCGUACGACUGCACCGGUCUAGCCGAAGUGUGCUUGAAUCAAACGGGGUUCCACAACUACUGCGUCGCCGCCGUCGACGCGUCCGUGUACAUUUUGCCAACGUACGCGCUGUUUGCGGUGGUCAAGGGCGGGAUGCCCGUCCUGGACGUGUUUGUCCAGUACUUCACACGGCAGCGCACUUGGUACAAGCUGCGGCGCUUCACUGCGCUCAACCAUUACAACAAGCGCGUCGACUACAGGCUGACGCCAGGAAUGCAACGAAAGGGGCCGAUUCCGUGCCCGCGGUGCGGUCUCCCCGGCCACAUGAGCGAUUCGCUCGUGUGCAAACAAAAUGCGCAUGGCGACACGGUCGAUGUCGACCCCCGAACACUGACUUCGACCGCCGCCGCCGACGCGGUGUCGCCGCGUCGGCCACCGUCUGUCCGGAAUGCAUUUCUCCACCGCCGCAUGACAGCGUCCGAACGAGACGUCAUGCUCGACGAGUCGGGCCUCCAGUCCGAGCUGGACGUUGCCGACGGCGCAGGGUCGAUUGAAAAAGCGCUGCGCCGCAUGGACCGCGCGCUCGGGCUCCUCGUCCCGUCCAAGACUUUCCACAUUCGCCGAAAGUCCAAAGCCAAGGUCGACGCGCCGAUUCUGACCAACUCGCCGUCGACACCCAAGACCCUUCCCACCAUGAUCACGCGAUCGAGGCCCAAGCUGCCCGCCGGAUGAGCUUCCACGCGGGAUCCCUGAAACAUCCUGGGGAAGCAUGGGAUGGUCGAGCUUGGUACUAGUUUUCUCGCUCGUUAGGAAUACAUCGAGGCCGCAGCGUUCGAAUUCGUCAUCACCGUCCUCCAGUCUUGCGUUUCUUGGACUUGGUCGACGGCGCCGUCGCCAUCGGCGGUGGUGGUCGUGCCUUCAUGCAAUCAAAGAUGCUGGACACGUCAUCCUCGUCAAACGACGGCGCUUCGUGGUUCCAUGUCGUCACGGGGGACGCGGGAAGGUACUUCAACCACGCUCCGUCUUCGUCGUCGAUCGAGAUCACAUCGACUGCCGCGGCCGGAUCGUCUGGACAGGGUGGCGGCCGUGGCUCGACCAUGUCAAACUCGUCCUCGGGCUCGUCGUACACAACGUUGUCCGUGAUAAGAGUAAACCCCGGCGGGUACAUCGCUCCCUACACAGGACACGCAUCAAGUCGUCGAUUCUUGCCGUCGACGCACCGGCCACGACGACUCGUACGGGACUUCCAGCACAUGCACCGAUCCGGCAGACGACACGACAAUCAGGUUUUCUCUCGUUGGGUGCCAAGCCACGGCGACCAACUCGCCGGCGAAGCGAUGGUCGUGGUACAUGUUGCCUUCAUUGCGGUCGUCGUCGUCAGUUGGGUCUUUGGACCGGCAUCGCCACAUGAACAUGCCUUUCUCCCCGACAAAAAGACCACGGGGCUGGGGAAUCCCGAGCACAAACUGGCGGUCGGGACUCUUGCUAGCCAUGAUCCAUGGCGCGCGGACUGCCGCGCCGGCUGUGUACACCCGGCCUUCCUCCAUCCACGGCGCGUGACGAAGCAAUAGCACCUCAUGUACUCCCUUCGUCGACGGCACUAAGAGACUCGUCGCGUCCACGUACAAAUCGACGCUCGAAAUGACGACGGACGGCAGCGACAACCCCCCCAAGACCUCGAACGUGUGUGGGUUCAACAUCGCAAUGCUUCCUUUCAUGGAAACCACAAAGAUGACGUCCGAUCCAAAUUUGGCCAUCACGACGGGGGCAGUGCUCCGUGUCGAUGGAACCGACGGAGCCGACGAAGCGGAAGGCGCACCGCCGUCGCCUUGGCCCACCGACGCGAAGAUGGGGACUGUGUCGAUGGUGACUGUGUGAAAAUGCAGGCGCAUUGCGUUGCUGGGGUCGAUAUAGUGUAGAGUUGUUGCGCCGUUGGCGCUCGCGUCGAUGGCGGAGGUAGUCCAUGAGAUGGUCUGGAGGUCGCCGCUCGCACACGACAACAAAACGGAUCUCGCAGCAGUGGAAAUGUCGAUGGGGGUGAAGCUUGUGAACAUUGAGAGAGGCGCAAACGCGAUAUGAGUCGCCAUGGAUUCGCAUGCCACGGCCGCAAGUAGCGUCGACGUCUCCACCUCCCACAGCAGGAGCGUUCCCUUCCUCGCCGACCCUGACGCGGCUUUCAACUCACACGCGACAGCAAGGAUUCGUCCAUCUGGAGACCACGCGCAGGACGUCGCCUGCUUGAUAUCUGGGAUCGACGACGACACCUUCUUGGGACCGAGCUCGCGGAUGAUGUUGGGAAUCGAUGAAAAGUCCCACAGGAUCACGAGCCCUUCCUUUUCGCCGACACUAAGAAGCGUGCCCCACGGAUUGAACGCGAGACACGUAGCCUUCUCCGCGCCAUCGAUCUCUUGCCAUUGCCCUCCGCAGACUCCCAAGCUCUCCGUGGGAUUCACGCGGACUGGGCGGCACACGGCGCGCACCAAUGCCACAUUCAUGGAAUGGUGCCUAAACACAAG